AUGAACCAAUUCAUAAAAGGAGGCGACCAUAUUAAUCUUGACGGCUUUUGCCUGUAAGUCAGCCUUAAUUAGCAAAGUCAGAACUAAUUAUGGCAGAUUUUUGUUGUUUUCUUACUUUAUCAAAUAUUCAGUGAGUACAGACACUUUAUCACUUGUUUACGAGAUGCCGUAUGUGACCUGAAUGUGCUCAUGGCCGAGUUUCAUAUCCUGACUGCACCAUUGUACUUGUGGAGCAGUUUUUGUUUUGGACACCCUAGACAAGGUAAUUUUAUGAAUACUCACUGAUAAGCAUGUUAUUCUACACAUAAAAAUAGUAUUUUAGUUGCUGAACAGAUGCUGCAAUGUUCUCGAGAAGUAUUCCGCCACCACCAUCUCAGUGAGUAUCAGAGUCGUUGCAGGUAACUUCAAAUGAACGUUUUAGGUACUUUUUUGUAGUAAUAGGGCCAGUUAUGUACAGUAUGAAGAUGUAACCUAUCUUAACAGUUUUUAACUUCUAAAUUGAAAACUGUUAAAGUUAAAGUCAAUUAGUUGUAACUACUUUUUCAAUUUCCAACCUUUCAGCAACCGGAAAGUCAGAAGAAUGGCUGAAGACUUUCUCAGCAGGAACAAAUGUCGUGCUCUGACUCAGACAGAAGCUACAUUCUUAUGUCGUCUAUCUCUGUCAACUACGCCCGGCUACUGUCCGCUACAUAUGUGUGAAAAAUAUAUGGCCAUACAAUGGAUGAAAAAGAAGAAAAUCGACAAGAAAGGUGUGGAGAAGUACUUUAAGAUGAAGUAUAAUGAGAACAAGAGAGAUAUGGAAGAGAACGUUCAGAAGUACAAGAAACAUAACCAGGAAGUACCGUGCGCAUUCGACGUGUCAGAUUGA